AUGGUGGAAGCGGCUGCGAUCCCUGAUGAUGAUCUUCCGGUUGUAGACGGCCGACACGGCCAUGGCGAAGGCGUGGCAGUCGGCGCAGGUGCGCAGGUUCUUCGCCACCCUGAUCGUCGCUCCGGGCGGGGUGGAGAGCACCCCGAAGGAGAUGGCCAGCUUCUCGCUGUGGAAGGACAGCGCCACCGCCUUCUCCUCCUCGCCGGACUGGUGCAGCUCCGCCACAACGGUCGGCAUGUAGCCUGCCAUCUUCAGCUGCUUCCCGAUUUCCUCGAGCGUCUGGUAGAUCUCCUCCUUCCUCGGAUGGUCCCCGUCGUCGGCGACGAACUCGUGGACCUUCCCCCCGGAUUCGAUGGUGCUGCAACCGGGCUGAGUCUGGAUCCCCCGGUCCUUCAUCAACCUCCGAAGCUCCGCCACCUUCUCCCAGUCGCCGGCGUCGGCGUACAUGUUCAGCAGCAGCACUAAGUCCCCAGCUUCCUGAGCCUUGAGCUCCACGAGGUGCAGGACGACGCGCUCUCCGAGUUGGGCGUGGCGGUGGAUCCUGCAGGCCCCGAGCAGGGUCCUCCAGAGGGUGGCGUCCGGCUUGAAGCCCGUUGA